GACUAGAGCAAAAUCGAACAGUCGAAGAAUUUUCCUCUCCGCCUAGAAAAUUUUGGAGCUCCCCAGCUGUGAACAAAGGUCGAUUGAUUCUUGCCACUUGAAAUUGGUCCUGAGUUCUUAAGAAUUCCUCAAAGGUUUUAUAAAGGAAUGAAGCAUUCGAAGGAUCCAUUCGAAGCAGCAAUUGAGGAGGAGCAAGAGGAAUCGCCGCCGGAAUCACCCGUUAGUGGCGGCGGAGGCGGAGGCGGAGGAGAUGGUAGUGACGAGGGUCGAAUUGAAAUCGACCAGACUCCGGAAGAGGAUGAGAGAGAUGUGGGUGUUCGCCGUCAGAUGAAGAAGCCUAAAACCUCCGUUGUUUCUGAAGCUAAGAACAAAGAUGACGACGAAGAAGAAGAGGAAGAGAAUAUGGAAGCUGAGCUAACCAAAUACCCAACCACUGCUGAUCCUGCUAAGAUGGCUAAAAUGCAGAUCAUUUUAUCGCAGUUCACUGAGGAUCAGAUGAGCAGAUAUGAAUCUUUCAGGAGAUCUGCUUUGCAAAAAGGAAACAUGAGGAAGUUGUUACAGGGAGUCAUAGGGAGUCAGAAGAUUAGUAUGCCAAUAACAAUCGUUACCUGUGGUAUCGCAAAGAUGUUUGUUGGUGAACUCGUGGAAACAGCUCGAGUUGUAAUGGGGGAAAGGAAAGAAUCAGGACCUAUCAGACCUUGCCAUAUCAGAGAGUCCUAUCGAAGACUAAAGCUCGAAGGAAAAGUGCCUAAAAGAUCUGUUCCACGCCUUUUCCGCUAAGUCAGAACUCGAGAUAAAAAAGAGAGCUUCUCUUACCCCAAAGACUCAAGCUGGCGAUGUUUUACUGUCAUAAGUAGAAUUGUGGAAUAUGUUUGUUCUUCAGUGUUUGAACUUUGUGACAACUCUCUCUUUGAAUACAAGCCUUUUGCUCAUAACUGCUCAUCUGGUUUUCUGUUGUACGUAAUCUGGAAUCCAAUAAAAUCAUUUUGGUCUU